AUGAAGGUCCUGUGCAAGACCCUCUCCCGGGACCAGUUCACCCUCGAGGUGACUCCCUCUCAGACGGUUCUCGAGGUCAAGAAGAUGAUCGAAGGUGAAAAGGGCUUUGAUGCCGCCCAUCAGAAGCUUGUGUACAAGGGCAAGAUCCUCGCAGACGCAGAGACAUUGGAGUCGUACGGCGUGGCGGACGGAGAGUUCUUUGUUGUCAUGGCCACCAAGAAGGUUGCGCAGGCAAAGCCCAAGCCGGCGUCUGUCUCCUCCUCCAGCUCUAGCUCGGCCCCCACCCCCGCACCCAUGGACACCACUCCGGCCAACACCGCGCCGCCGCCGUCGACCACCACCACCACCGCCACCACCGCCACCGCCACCACCGUUGCUCCUUCUCCCACCCCGACUCCUCCCGCCGCCGCCGCGCCGGGCCCAGAGGCGAUGGUCACCGGCGCAUCGGAAGAGGGUGCGGUGCAGACGCUGAUGGCGCUCGGCUUUCCGCGCGAUCAGUGCGAGGUCGCGCUCCGUGCCGCGUUCAACAACCCGGACCGUGCGGUCGACUACCUGCUUAACGGCAUUCCGCCCGAGCUGAUGGCGCAGAUGGCGGCAGGCGGCACGCCGGCGCAGCCGCAGACAGGCAGCGCUGAGGUUGGCGGCGUGCCGAAUGAGGCCGGCGGUGACGACGGCGGCGACGACGGCGAGAUGACCGAAGGCGCGGCGUUCACCGCGGCGCUCCGCGCCAUGCCGCCGUUCACCCGGCUGCGGUAUGCAGUCCAGCAGAACCCGGCGCUGAUGCAGCCGAUGCUCCAGCAGCUGGGCCAGACCCAGCCGCAGCUGCUGCAGCUCAUCUCGGCCCAUCAAGACGAGUUCCUGGCCCUCAUGAACGAGCCGGUCACCGAGGCCGAGAUGGCCGCGGCCUCGGCCGCCACCGACCAGAUGAACCAGGAGCUGGGUGGCGUCGCCGGCGGCAUGGGCGCCCCGCCGCCGGGCGUCAAUUACAUCCAGGUCACCGAGGAGGAGAAGGGCCACAUCGAGCAGCUCGAGGCUCUUGGCUUCCCUCGCCACAUCUGCGUCCAGGCCUACAUGUCCUGCAACAAGGAUCCGGACCUCGCCGCCAACUUCCUCUUUUCGUAUGGCGCCGACAUGGUCAACGACGAGGCCCAGGGCCAGGGCCAGCAGCCGCCGCAGGGCCAAUAAUAGCCACACACCCCAGCACUACACAACAUGUAAAGAGGCAAUAGCUCCA